CACCAAAACAAACAAACCCUUUCUUCUUCCUCUCAUAAUCCCUCUCUCUCUUCUUCUCUCUCGCUCGCUGCUCUGUUUAGGGUUUUUCUCGUUCGUCUCUUCUAUAAGUACUAGAGAUGGAUUCUGAUGAACCGAAUGGGAGUGGAUUACCACCUCCACCACCUUUCGUUCCAGCAAAUCUUGUCCCUGAAGUGGAGCCUGUAAAAAAGAACAUUCUUCUCCCAAUGGCUCGGCCUCGAGGCAGCGGCUCCAAAGGACAGAAGAUUCCUCUUCUUACUAAUCACUUUGGAGUCAAGUUCAACAAACCAAGCGGUUACUUCUUUCAUUACAGUGUUGCUAUCAAUUAUGAAGAUGGCCGUCCAGUGGAGGCUAAAGGUAUCGGCCGAAAGAUUCUUGACAAAGUUCAGGAGACCUAUCAAAGUGAUUUGGGUGCCAAAUACUUUGCUUAUGAUGGCGAGAAGACUCUCUUCACUGUUGGUGCUCUUCCCAGCAACAAACUUGACUUCUCUGUUGUUCUUGAAGAAAUACCUUCUAGCAGAAAUCACGCUGGAAAUGAUACAAAUGAUGCUGAUAGAAAAAGAUCAAGGCGUCCCAACCAAACUAAGAAAUUCAUGGUUGAGAUAAGUUAUGCUGCAAAGAUCCCCAUGCAGGCUAUUGCAAGCGCUCUUCAAGGGAAGGAGACAGAGAAUCUUCAAGACGCUCUGAGAGUGCUGGAUAUUAUUUUGCGCCAGAGUGCAGCUAGGCAAGGUUGCCUCCUUGUUCGCCAGUCCUUUUUCCACAAUGACGUAAAGAACUUUGUACCUAUUGGUGGAGGUGUCAGUGGUUGCAGAGGGUUCCAUUCAAGUUUCAGAACUACUCAGGGAGGCUUAUCCCUGAAUAUUGACACUUCAACUACGAUGAUAGUACAACCUGGACCUGUAGUUGAUUUCCUGCUUGCUAACCAGAACAAGAAAGAUCCAUACGGAAUGGACUGGAACAAGGCUCGACGUGUCCUCAAGAAUCUGAGAGUUCAAAUUACUCUUUCCAAUAGAGAAUACAAGAUAAGUGGACUAAGUGAACACAGCUGCAAAGAUCAACUAUUUACAUGGAGGAAACCUAACGACAAGGGAGAAUUUGAGGAGGUUGAGAUCACAGUGCUCAAUUACUAUAAAGAGCGUAACAUUGAAGUGCGUUAUUCAGGUGACUUCCCUUGCAUCAAUGUUGGUAAGCCGAAGCGUCCCACUUACUUCCCCAUUGAGUUCUGUAAUCUUGUGUCUCUACAGCGAUACACAAAAUCGCUUACCAAUUUUCAGAGGGCUGCCCUAGUUGAAAAGUCUAGGCAGAAGCCACCUGAAAGGAUGGCCUCGCUAACCAAAGGUCUGAAGGACAGCAAUUACAAUGCCGACCCGGUAUUGCAAGAUAGUGGUGUUAGCAUUAUCACCAAUUUUACCCAAGUUGAAGGCCGUAUCUUACCAACACCAAUGCUGAAAGUGGGCAAGGGAGAAAACCUUUCCCCAAUCAAAGGAAAAUGGAACUUUAUGCGUAAGACACUCGCUGAGCCAACGACGGUUACUAGAUGGGCUGUUGUGAACUUCUCUGCUCGCUGUGAUACAAAUACACUUAUUCGUGACUUGAUUAAAUGUGGACGGGAGAAAGGAAUUAAUGUAGAGCCUCCAUUCAAGGAUGUCAUCAACGAGAAUCCUCAGUUUAGGAAUGCACCAGCUACUGUGAGAGUAGAGAAUAUGUUUGAGCAGAUAAAAUCCAAACUCCCAAAGCCGCCUCUGUUCCUUCUUUGCAUACUCGCUGAAAGGAAAAACUCUGAUGUUUAUGGCCCUUGGAAAAAAAAGAAUCUUGUUGAUCUUGGAAUUGUGACUCAGUGCAUUGCUCCCACCAGACUGAACGAUCAGUAUCUCACCAAUGUUCUCCUGAAGAUAAAUGCCAAGCUUGGUGGAUUGAAUUCGUUGUUAGCUAUGGAGCGCUCACCAGCAAUGCCAAAAGUAACGCAAGUUCCUACCAUCAUUGUUGGGAUGGAUGUAUCCCAUGGUUCCCCUGGCCAGUCUGAUAUACCAUCAAUUGCUGCUGUUGUGAGCUCAAGACAAUGGCCACUCAUCUCAAAAUAUAAGGCAUGUGUACGCACACAAUCACGCAAAAUGGAAAUGAUUGAUAAUCUCUUCAAACCCGUCAAUGGCAAAGACGAAGGAAUGUUCAGGGAACUCUUGUUAGACUUUUACUACAGUUCAGAGAAUAGGAAACCAGAGCACAUCAUUAUUUUCAGGGAUGGUGUAAGCGAGUCUCAGUUCAAUCAAGUUCUUAAUAUUGAAUUGGAUCAGAUGAUGCAGGCAUGCAAGUUUCUUGAUGAUACGUGGCAUCCGAAGUUUACAGUGAUAGUUGCCCAGAAGAACCACCACACAAAGUUCUUCCAGUCUCGAGGCCCUGAUAAUGUUCCUCCAGGAACAAUCAUUGACAGCCAGAUCUGUCACCCACGCAACUUUGAUUUCUAUCUCUGCGCCCAUGCUGGCAUGAUUGGAACUACAAGGCCAACACAUUACCAUGUUCUGUAUGACGAGAUUGGGUUUGCCACAGACGACCUCCAAGAACUUGUGCAUUCUCUGUCCUAUGUCUACCAGAGGAGCACCACUGCGAUCUCAGUCGUUGCACCUGUAUGUUACGCUCAUUUGGCAGCUGCACAGAUGGGAACUGUGAUGAAGUAUGAAGAGUUGUCUGAGACUUCUUCGAGCCAUGGAGGAAUCACCACACCUGGAGCAGUCCCUGUGCCACCUAUGCCGCAGCUGCACAAUAAUGUUUCAACCUCCAUGUUCUUCUGUUGAUGGAACAUGGUCCAGUCCACACGAUAGCUGAGUUUAUAUGCUUUUGAUGGAGAACCAACGAACUUUUGUUUACUCUUCUCUGGGUUUGGUUCCUCUUUUGUUUUUCGUCGACCCUUUAACAUUGAGGAGAUACUCUUUAUAUUCUGUCGGUUUUUGUGGGCGCUGUUGGUUGAUACUUUAUUAUGCUUAAUCAGAUUUGGUAUUUUAAGGCAUUGAGUUCUCUUCUUUUUUUAACGUCGAUCUGAUGUUGUGGCUGAAUUACAUAUAG